CUUUCGAGAGGUUUCCGCGGCUCGGCCGUCCCUGGCGUUGGGUAAGGGGGACCGAUGGCCAAGUGGCUGAAGGAUUAUUUGAGUUUUGGGAGCAGGAGGUCUCCUCCUCAGCCCCCCAAGCCAGAUUACACAGAGAGCGACAUCUUAAAGGCGUACCGGGCGCAGAAGAGCCUGGAUUUCGAGGAUCCCUACGAAGACGGGGACGGCAAACCAGACCCCGAUCCCGGAGGGUCCCCGAACAAGGGGGUCACCGCCAGCGUCAAUUUGGAAGGGAAGUACGGCUCCCCCAAACACCGGCUGAUCAAAGUGGAAGCUUCCGACCUGAACAAGAGCAAAGCCCUCUUGGCCACCGCCGGCGAGGAGGUUUUAACCACGUCGGAUCAGCCGCCAGGGGAGAGUGAAUAUUCGGAUCCUUUUGACGCCCACCGGGAGACGAAAGAAGACCCGGAGGAAGAGGCCGGCCUGGAAAACAACGGUUACAUGGAACCCUACAAUGCUCAAAAAGUGGUGGCCGAUUUCCAGCGCAAGACUGACUGGGAUGAGGGGAGGGUGAAAAAAUCCCGGAUUGGCCUGCAGCUCUACGACACGCCCUACGAGGAGAAGGCGUCCGAGGCGGACCCGGAAGCCCCGGCCAUGGACAAACCCCGUGAGAGCCGGCUACCCCAGGACGAUGAGCGGCCGGCUGACGAGUACGACCAGCCCUGGGAGUGGAAAAAGAACCACAUCUCUCGGGCAUUUGCAGUAGACAUUAAGGAGAAUAAAGUUCUGCCCUGGCCACCGCCUGUAGGACAGCUCACGGGGACUGAGGAACCCUUAGAUCCAGAAGUGCAAUUUGAGAACCCGGACUGGGAGCGGACAUCUUCUGCCUCCUCUUCCUCCGCACACAAAGAGCGCUGGCGUCAACAGAAGCCCCUGACAGGGAGCUCCAAGUUCGUGCGGUCGCAGAGCCCCGACCCCGGCCUUCCUGCGGCUGAACGUUUCGACCCCUUGCUGCCGCUGGAAAAUCAGACGUGGUUUCACGGGGCAAUUAGCAGGGCUGACGCGGAGUCCGUCCUCACCCUGUGCAAAGAAGGGAGCUACUUGGUCCGGAACAGCGAGACCAGCCACAAUGACUACUCGCUCUCGCUCAGGAGCAGCCAAGGGUUCAUGCACAUGAAGUUCACCCGGAGCAAGGAGAACAAAUACGUCCUGGGCCAAAACAGCGCCCCGUUUGACAGCGUCCCAGAGGUCAUCCACCACUACACGGCCCAAGAGCUGCCCGUCAAGGGAGCGGAGAACCUGUCUUUGCUCUACCCGGUGGCCGUUCAGACUCUGUAGCACGGCCUCCCGCCUGC